GACACAGCGGAUCACGGAAAGAGCCGAAGAUGUCGGCUCGGUCAUGUGAUCAGCUGUGUCCAAUCACAGCUGAUCACAUGGGACAUGUACACUGAUCAUCAGGGCACUGAUGAUCAGUGUGCCCUGAUGACCAGUGUGGCCCCAGAAGUGCCACCUGUCAGUGCCCAUCAGUGCCACGUGCCAGUGCCCAUCAGUGCCACAUCAAUGCCACAUAUCAGUGCAUACCAGUGCACAUCAAUGCCACAUAUCAGUGCCCAUCUGAGCUGCCUUUCAAUGUCCCCCAUCAGUGCCAGUCAGUGCCACCUAUCAAUGCCAAUCAGUGCCACCUAUCAGUGCUGUCCAAUCAGUGCCACCUAUCAGUGCUGCCAAUCAGUGCCACCUAUCAGUGCCAGUCAGUGCCGCAUAUCAGUGUGCAUCAGUGCCACCUAUCAGUGCCACCUAUCAGUGCCGCCUAUCAGUGCCAUAUAUCAGUGCCAUAUAUCAGUGUCAUGUAUCAGUGUCAUGUAUCAGUGCUGCCUUUCAGUGCCCAUCAGUGAUGUCUGUCAAUGCCCAUCAGUGCAACCUACCAGUGCCUCCUCAUCAGUGUCCCAUAAGUGCAGCCUAUCAGUGCCCAUCACUGCA